GAUCAAGUUAUAAAUUUGAUUGACGAAUUUUGCUAUCGAAGACAUUGGAUGAUGCACGUGGGGCCCGAAAAGGGGAAGGUUUUGGAAAAUCAUUUAGCGCAGUGCUUGGAUGCGCAUCUUUUGAAAAAUAGAGCGAAGCCUUUUCUUGUCUUGGAGGUCGGAACGUAUUGCGGAUACUCCUCUAUUCGAAUGUGUCGCACUAUACUCUCCAAAUUGAUGGACGCCAAUAAAUGUUUUCAUGUUAUGUCGGUGGAUGUCAAUCCUCACAGCCAGAUGGUUGCAAAGCAAUUGGUUGCUUUGGCAGGGCUAGAAGCAUAUGUUACCUUCGGGCUACUGACCGAUCUAGAGUCGAAUCGCGAUGAGCUGUCGCAAUCUAUUUGGGCACAGGUGGACGUCUUCUCCACAGAAUAUGGCUCAAGUGGUUUAGACUUUGUUUUUCUCGAUCACGACAAAGAUAUGUACCUCUCAGAUAUAGUCCAACUGGAACGAGCGAAAUUGAUCCGCGCUGGAAGCUUCGUAGCCGCUGACAACAUUUUAUUUUUUCGUUUGGACGACUAUCAGAGACAUAUGCAA